GCUAGCCGGUCCAGCUACGAGCGCGGCGGGAGCGGGUCCCAGCUCGACCACGGUCCAGCCCUCCGGUCCGCCGCGCUCCGGCUGGGGUUCUCGAGAGGGGAAGCGCGACGAAGCGACGCGGGCAGCCGGCAGCGGGCGCGGGAAGCCGGGCAGAGGGGUCGAGGCGCCGCUGCGCUGCCGCCGCGUCCUCGCCGGGUGCUGCGGGCCCCGGGCGCGCGGGGCUCGGCGGCGCGCGCACUAUGCGGGCAGACUGCCGGCCGCCGCGAUGGCGAGCCGGGCUCCGCUGAGAGCCGCGCACAGUCCGCAGGGUCCCCGAGGCCAGGCCGCGCCCGCCGCCACCGGCCGGGCCCCGCUGCCCAGCGCAGGCUGCUGUCCCCUCCCUCCUGGCCGCAACUCCUCCUCCAGGCCUGGGCUGCUCCUGCUGCUGCUCCUGCUGCUCCAGGACGUUGGAGCCCAGCAAGGUGAUGGGUGUGGACACACCGUACUAGGCCCUGAGAGCGGGACACUUUCAUCCAUCAACUACCCGUACACCUACCCUAACAGCACCGUGUGUGAGUGGGAGAUCCGAGUAAAGACGGGAGAGAGAAUUCACAUCAAGUUUGGUGACUUUGACAUUGAAGAUUCUGAUUCUUGUCACCUUAAUUACCUGAAAAUCUUUAAUGGAAUUGGAGUCAGCAGAUCGGAAAUAGGCAAAUACUGCGGUCUGGGUUUACAAAUGAAUGGGUCAAUUGAGUCCCAAGGCAGCGAAGUCACAGUGCUGUUCAUGAGUGGAAUCCAUGCUUCUGGACGGGGAUUUUUGGCUUCAUACUCAGUUAUAGAUAAACAAGAUUUAAUCACUUGUUUGGAUAACAUAACUAAAAUUUCGGAACCUGAGUUCAGUAAAUUCUGCCCAGCUGGCUGCCUGCUCCCUUUUGCUGAAAUAUCUGGAACAAUUCCUCAUGGAUACAGAGAUUCUUCGCCACUGUGCAUGGCUGGAAUUCAUGCAGGAGUAGUGUCAAAUGUCCUGGGUGGCCAGAUCAGUGUUGUGAUUAGCAAAGGCACCCCGUACUAUGAAAGCUCUUUGGCCAACAACGUCACUUCCGUGGUGGGCUAUUUAUCUCCGAGUCUGUUUACAUUUAAGACAAGUGGCUGUUAUGGGACUCUGGGGAUGGAAUCUGGGGUGAUUGCCGAUCCCCAGAUAACUGCAUCAUCUGUGCUGGAGUGGACUGACCACAUGGGGCAGGAGCACAGCUGGAAACCGGAGAAGGCCAGGCUGAGAAAACCUGGGCCUCCGUGGGCUGCUUUUGCCACGGAUGAGCAUCAGUGGCUGCAAAUCGACCUGAAUAAGGAGAAGAAGAUAACAGGUAUUGUAACCACUGGAUCUACCAUGGUAGAACACAAUUACUAUGUGUCUGCCUAUAGAGUUCUAUACAGUGACGACGGGCAGAAAUGGACUGUAUACAGAGAACCUGGUAUGGAGCAGGACAAGAUAUUUCAAGGAAACAAAGAUUAUGACAAGGAUGUUCGUAAUAACUUUUUGCCACCAAUUAUUGCACGUUUCAUUAGAGUGAACCCUGUCCAGUGGCAACAGAAAAUUGCCCUGAAAGUGGAACUACUCGGAUGUCAGUUCACUCUCAAAGGCCGUCUUCCAAAGCUUACUCAGCCUCCUCCACCUCGGAACAGCAAUAACCUCAAGAACACAACAGCUCAUCCCAAACUAGGUCGUGCCCCUAAAUUUACUCAAGUACUUCAACCUCGAAGUAGGAAUGACCUUCCUGCACAGACAGCACAGACAACCGCCACUCCUGUCAUAAAAAAUACGACCGUAACUCCCAGUGUAACCAAAGAUGUCGCACUGGCUGCCGUUCUUGUUCCUGUGCUGGUCAUGGCUCUUACCACGCUCAUCCUCAUUUUAGUGUGUGCGUGGCAUUGGAGAAACAGAAAGAAAAAAACUGAAGGCACCUAUGACUUACCGCACUGGGAUCGGGCAGAACUGGUCUCUGUGAGUAACACUUGGUCCCUGGCUUACAAUCACAAUGAAGGUUGGUGGAAAGGCGUGAAACAGUUUCUCCCUGCCAAAUCCGUGGAACAUGAGGAGACGCCAGUUCGCUACAGCAAUAGUGAAGUUAGUCACCUGAGCCCGAGAGAAGUCACCACAGUGCUCCAGGCUGAUUCUGCAGAAUAUGCACAACCCCUCGUGGGAGGAGUCGUGGGCACGCUCCAUCAGAGAUCCACCUUUAAACCUGAGGAGAGAAAAGAAGCAGGCUAUGCAGACCUGGAUCCCUACAACUCUCCAGUACAGGAAGUGUACCACGCCUAUGCGGAACCGCUGCCCAUCACGGGGCCUGAGUACGCAACCCCGAUCGUCAUGGACAUGUCAGGGCACCCCACAGCCUCAGUUGGUCUGCCCUCCACGUCUACUUUCAAAACGGCAGGGAACCAACCUCCUCCAGCUUUAGUGGGAACUUACAACACACUUCUCUCCCGGACUGACAGCUGCUCCUCGGGCCAGGCUCAGUACGACACCCCGAAAGGUGGGAAGCCAGCCGCUGCCCCAGAGGAACUGGUGUACCAGGUGCCACAGAGCACCCAGGAAAUAUCGGGAGCAGGAAGGGAUGAGAAGCGUGAUGCUUUGAAAGAAAUCCUUUGAAGGUGGUGCUGCUUUUGACGAAGCAUCCAUUUAAAGCACAUGGCUUUUUAAUCCAUAGAGUAGUAAUAGCAGAAUGUAUUAUGUGUCUGUCACUGAAGUGGGUAGGGGAAUGUGGUGACCGAGGUACAAGAAACUACUUACCUUGCCGUCUUGCUUUAAAGGUGUUACUGUGUGGCACAGUUCCUGCUUGCCUGUUACACUUCAAACAUCCUGUUUGUUACUGCUGUAAAACACUAUUUUUAAUACCGAAAAAGCUCCCUAUAAUGCACUUCAAAGAACCUGAGAAUCACUGAUUAUUUAUUACCAAUGCUGCAGGUACAUUAGUGAACUUGAGAUGGUUCCGUAAGCCUUGCUGGCAAUAAUGCAUGGUACUGUUCUUGAAAUUAUCAAAUGGCUUGAAAUUCUCCCUUUGUGAAAGGUAGGUACUAUCAUGUUCUCUUUCAACCUGUAUUCCUGUCUGCAAUCUUUUCUCCACAACAGCGGUCCAUAACCGUCGUCAUAGCUGCAGGCGUGUGCGCUGCUCUGUAUUUCCCUAGGAAGGUGCACAGCUGGAGCUCCUGGCCUUGCAGUACGCUGGGUGCCUGACUUCUCCUUUGGUAACACUCUUUUAACACCAGGUGGCUCAGGACCUGGUCUCACCUCUGCUCAUCCCACCCAGGACCUUUUGUGGCCUCGUUCUAUCCUGUGUUUAUAAAUGCUGGUGGUCCCUUUCAGUAGGCAAUCUUUAGGUCUUCUUCCCAUGGAAAUGGUGGAGAAGCUGCUUGGUCCCUCCACUCCCCUCUGCAGAGAUAUAUAAAUUACCUUAGGGAAAAAAUUGAAAGGAGACUAAACUUAAUUAACCUCCUUGGUUUAUUUACACACAAGCCCAAAUACAAAAUUUUUCUCUAAGUCCCAAGGUAUUUUAUAAUUUUAAUCAUAGUUUGUUUCUAUUUUCUUCAGUAAACUAUUACAAGAAAAAGAAAACCAGUAUGAACCAGACCUGAUGGCUCAGGCCUGCAAUCCUAAGACCUGGGAGGCUGAGGCAUGAGGAUCCCAAGUUCAAUGCUUUGAAGUCUAACUUCAGGAUGAACCCAGGCUACUCAUAAAAUCCUGUCUCAAAAUAAGAAGGGGGCAGGGAUAUGUCUUAGUGGUUUGUGCUUGCCUACAGUAAGUGUGAGGCCCUAGAUUCAGUCCUAGUACUAAAAGAGAAAAGAGGAUCAUCAUGCAUUCUUCAGUUCUAUGUAAUUUUGUGGAGAGAGGCCUAAGUAAUCCUUUGUGUCAGACCUGGUUGGCCAGUGUCCUCACUUCUGAACGGACACGAUUCUCCCCAGCAGCUUGUCACUGCUUAAGCGUAACCUGCCCAGACUAGUGUCAGAUAGGUUGCUUAGAUAUUGUGAUGGGUCAGCCUACAGUGCAGAAACCACCUUCUGAUAUCUGUAGGCUGCCAAGAUAACUGAAGAAGCCCAUCAGAUGUAGACAUAAAAUUCCAUAUCCCUGUCCACAAACCUGUUGGUUCGUUUAGUUGUAAAGUAUAUCGGGCCAUCAGGUCCUGGUCUUUUUUCUCAGCUUAUACCAUCCAGGUUCUGCAUUGCCAAACUUUACUAAAUUUGGACAGUGGUAGACAGUAUUGACUCUGCUCCCUUCCACAAGUACAUCAGUAUUUUAAAACAUUGCUUCAGAAACAGAGUUGUCUGUUUCUACAGGUUCCCUGCCUCUGCCCCUCAUAUGAUUUUGUUGCUUUUAUUGUAAUUUGCCUUUUGUUUUGCGGACUUUUUUUUUUUUUUUUUUUUGUUUU